CUUAAGGUGGAUAAUCAUUGCAACCCAGUCUUUACUUUAAAGAAAUUUAUUGUACUGUAGCGAUUAUGACAUUGUUUUGCAGUGGUUAUUGUAAGGAUUGACAAUUAUUGGUGAAGAUUUCUAUAACAGAGGGACCCACAGACAUGCAAGUUAGAUUAACUUGGGCAUUCUUUCUGACGAUUGUUGCAAUAGGGCAUGGGCGCAGUGUUCAAGGAUUAAGCAUAACGAUCAAUUCCGGCAGAAACAUUACGUGCGGAGAAGACGUUUCCGUAGCCUGUCACAACGACGUCAAUGGAAUAGUUAUCCAGUUUGCCUACAAUCAUUCUGUUAAUUACGAAACAAUAGCAGAAUGCCAGUUUGAUGUUGACCCCCAACUAAUGGAUACAAGAUUUAAAGAAAGGUUCACUGUGUCUCAAUCAUGUAUACUAAGGUUAAGAAAUUUCACUGAGCGCGACAGUGGGACAUAUAGGUGUGCAGUGUUGUUCAAUGAAACAAAACGUGUUAGUGAUGAGGUUUCGUGCACUAAUGGUUCUACAGAUCUUGUGCCAGCUAUGGCAACUGAUAAAGCCCAGGAAAGAACGGAAAUAAAGGAUUGUAAAAAAAUUAUAAUAAUUCUUAGCUCAGCACUUAGUAUCCCACUAGCGUGUAUCGUCACCUGCAUUGUAUACACACGAUGCAAGAACAAAGGCGAUAAGUCAGAAUCAGGUACAACUGCAGAAAGUAUACCACUCGAGCAACAGGAUACGACGACUCCAUUCGCAACGCCUCAAAGGAAACCCCCUGGUAUACGAAGAACACCUUUUUGUAAUGUUCAACCUGGGAAUACAGACAAAAUCAAGAAGGCAUUCGCCAACAGAUCGAUAUCCAAUGUUGAAAAUGAUUCAGGAGAAACUAACGUUUGA